AUGGCCUCAUACACAGCGGCAAACCCCGGGCGAAGAAUUGAAGCCUUUUCAUCCACCGUCGGUGGACGCAGUUUAACCGCGCCGGGCAACCGAAACAUCCGCUUUAUCCGGUUGACAUUGGCAACGGUCAUCCGCCCUCCCGCCUCGUCAACAGGAAUCCCAUCCGGAAGAACCCAUGCCGAUUCGGUAUCCUCCCCUGUCGCAUCUCCCCCGUCAGCGGAGCCACUCGCAGCGCUGUUACUUGCCAACCGCUCCUCACGCCUAUUCUUAGCAGCGGCGGCUUCCCUGGCCCUAGAACUCUCGGGGCGCGAAGCACGACCCAUUACUACUUCCCAGGAAGAAUUCUUGUACAUCUCAACAUUGGAUAAUUUGAUCCUCAUCGAACUUCUCCUCCUUCUCUCUCAGCUGUCACUGAAAGACGAGGCGAAGAAGCGUCUGCAAAGCGCGGGGUACGAGCAGAUUUUGGAGAGAGAGGAUUGGAAAUUGGAGGCUGGUAAAAAGUACUACUUCACCAGGAACUACUCCACCAUUGUGGCUUUUGCAAUUGGUAAAAAAUUUGUUGCCGGAAAUGGAUUCCAUAUAGUUGGUGCUCAUACUGAUAGUCCUUGUCUCAAAUUGAAGCCUGUUUCCAAGGUAGCUAAGGGUGGGUACUUGGAAGUGGGAGUCCAAACAUAUGGAGGUGGCUUGUGGCAUACCUGGUUCGACCGUGACUUGAUAAUUGCAGGAAGGGUGAUGGUAAGAGAAGAGAAAGAUGGUGUUGUUUCUUACUCGCAUAGACUUGUCCGGAUUGAGAAGCCCAUCAUGCGGAUUCCUACUCUGGCAAUUCACCUGGACAGGGAUGUUAGAGAGGCAUUUAAAGUGAAUGCACAGAGUCACCUUCUUCCUGUCUUGGCAACAACAGUCAAGACAAAGUUUGUCUUUGAAUGCUUGGGUUCAAGUACCACCAUGUCAUUGUUUUUCGGUCUGACUAUACUACCAUGUCAUUAUGUCUUAUUUUUUGUAAGAGGGGAGGGCUAUGUUGAUUCUGCAAACUUAAGAGGCUAGGCUGCUGAAGGCUUAUGGAGAGCUUCCAGGGAACACGUCUUAACAACGAUAUUACUGGGGGUCUUGAAGAUAAAAAUGAAGGUGGUGCUAAUGACUACACACUGAUUGAAAAUAUAUAUAUAUACAGAUCCUAUCCAGAGCGAUGCCUCGCUCUGAAAGGUUUAGGGUCACUUUUGGGUCGCAUUUCCACAUCUCGACCUUUCAGUUUUUAGCUACUAAUGUAUAGAUCAUCUCUGCCAAAUUUCAACCAAAUUGAUGGUCGUUAAAGCAUUGAUAACUGCGUUAAAGGUAGUACGGUUCAGGUUAGACAGAUUCAGUUUGUCCACUGGUUUAAGGGAGUUAGAUACCUUAAAGAUCAUCAAUUUGGUGAAAUUUUGCAUAGAUGAUCUAUACAUUAGUACCUAAAAACUGAACGGUCGAGAUGUGGAUAUGAGACCCAAAAGUGACCAUAAACCCUAACCUCGCUCUGGAUAAAAUCUAUAUAUAUAUAUAUAUAUAUAUGUAUGUAUAUAUAUAUAUAUAGUGCGAAAUCAUAUGAGCCAUUGGAUGUAAGUUUGGCACGUGUCAGUUUGGUGUUAAAGGUUAGGUAGGUUAGGCAGAUUAGAAGGUUAGGAGAGGAUCCUCUCCCUUAUUGCUACUAUGGCUCUUCAUAACUACAUAAGAAGAUAUGCUCAACGAGAUAUUGAUUUUGAUGAAAGAGGAAAAUACUCAAGUGAAGAGACUAGUGACGAAAUGGAGGAUAAUGAACAUGAUGGAGAUGGUCCGGGAAGACAAGAAAUGGAGGUGUUAAGAAAUGCAAUUGCUCAAAGUCUAAUGAAUGCAUCUACUUAGCAUUUAGUUGCAAAUUUCAAGUGACUUUAAUAUAUUUUGUAUAAUGGUUCCCGUUAAACUAUGGUCGGGAAAUUAAUCCAAAUAUUCUAGACUUAUUUUGUGUAAUAAUAAAACAUAAUAUGCAUAUUGAAGGGUUUAAAGUAAA